AUGGAUAUUGCGUAUGACCAUAUUCAAGAGAACUCGCUUCCUAGAGCGGGUGAAGAGAGCAAAGAUGGCUCUAGAACGGAUCAACCGCAGCAGCCGACGCUGAACGAAGAUAUACAGGAGGCAUACAAGGCUUUCUCGUCGAGCGCCUGGGGAUCCAAGAUUGGCGGCUUCUUCGGUACUGUCGUGAAGCAGGGAGGGCAAGUUUACACCCAGGCCCAACAGGAACUCACGGCCGCGGGCGGCGAGGCCACGCGUGGAUUUUCUGACCUUCGAGAAGCCGUGAUCAACCGUACGCGAUCUCUUUCGUUGACGGCGGCGGGCCCCAACCAGCCGGGUCCCGCAGACGAAAACACGAGGGAUGCCGAGGAUGCCGCCGAUGAGGCGCUGCUCCGGUUUGGAAGCAACAUGCGCGACUUCUUGAAGGGCGCCAUCACGAUUGCGCCCCCGACCGAUGAUUCGGGCGAAGGCAGCACGGUCAUGUUUGAGAGCAAGGAUGCCCAGGGCAAGCGGGUCAUCCACACGUCCCGCUUCGACGCCCAGCUUCACGUCAUCCACACCUCUCUGGACGGCUUUAGCAAGGAUCCCGAGAGCGAGGAGUUUGGCCCGUGGGCGGCGGAUUUUGACGCAGAGAAGAAGACGACAGACAUCAGCAAUGACCUUGCCAAGUAUCCCGAGCUCCGCGCCACGAUGGAAAGGCUUGUGCCCGACACUAUUCCGUAUGCGGACUUUUGGAAGCGUUACUAUUUAUUGAGACAUACGAUCGAGACUGCCGAAGCCAGGAGGCGCGAUCUCCUCAAGGCUGCCUCUGCCGAGGAUGAGGUUGGCUGGGGCGAUGAUUCGGACGACGACGAUGCCGACAGCACCUCCCCGGCCCAGGAGGCCAAGCGCUCCGGAUCCGCUGGAUCCUCCACGACCAUUCACCCACCAGUUCCCGCCGCAGUAUCCUCUCUCAAGCCCCGCAAGUCCAACGACGAGAAGUCUCAGCCUGACAGCGAGGCAAGCUACGACGUUGUCGGUGCGCGAUCGGGAGUCCCGAGCCAGGCGCCCAACAGCCCCAAAGACUCGAAAAAGGAUGAGGAGAGCGAUGAUGAUUGGGAAUAA